AUGGACUUCGUAAGGACAACCCGCCGCCUUCGAAAGCUAUUCGCGGAUGCUAACCACUACUCUUCGGCAGGUCCACAACACCCUGAACGUCCCGGUCUCCAAGAGUCGGAAUACAUCUUGAUGGAGGAAGCCGACGGGACCCCACUCCACGAGGUUCGGGAUGGCCAGAUGAUCCAUGAUAAGCUCAAGAUAGUGGACGAUGUUGUGGCUUUUGAGAAGAAGCUACUGUCGAUCUCGUUCACACGUUAUGGCAACCUGUACUAUGCGACGGACGCCUUUCCAGGCUGCGAAAAGGCCGAGCUUGCCGGCGAUGCUUUGCAGUCACAGAAAGACGAGAUAGAAAGGAGAUUUGUCAUCGGUCCAGUCAUCGACGCACCAUUUUGGAACUAUGGCAGAGGAGGAAUGGAGAUUGAUCGUGGUCCUUGUGAGGAUACCUCUUCUGAAAAUUAG